AAAUCAAAUCGAGCAUCACCGGGGCGUCUUUCUCGGUUUCGCCACAACAGGUUGUUUGUCUAGAAUUGUUCGAAGAUGGCUGAUGCUCAUGAGACUGAUAAGAACAUUGAGGUGUGGAAAAUCAAGAAAUUGAUCAAGGCUCUUGAGGCUGCUAGAGGAAAUGGGACGAGUAUGAUUUCCCUUAUCAUGCCCCCACGUGAUCAAAUCUCUCGUGUUACCAAGAUGCUUGGUGAUGAGUUUGGAACUGCUUCAAACAUCAAAAGCAGGGUGAAUCGACAGUCUGUUCUUGGUGCAAUCACUUCCGCUCAACAGAGGCUUAAGCUUUAUAACAAGGUUCCUCCAAAUGGGCUUGUUCUGUAUACUGGCACAAUUGUGACUGAAGAUGGGAAGGAAAAGAAGGUGACUAUUGAUUUUGAGCCUUUCAGACCUAUCAACGCAUCUCUAUAUCUCUGUGACAACAAGUUUCAUACCGAAGCUCUAAAUGAGCUCCUGGAGUCUGAUGACAAGUUUGGAUUUAUUAUCAUGGAUGGCAAUGGUACUCUGUUUGGAACCUUGAGUGGUAAUACAAGAGAGGUGCUUCAUAAGUUUAGUGUGGAUCUCCCAAAGAAACAUGGAAGAGGAGGGCAAUCAGCUCUACGGUUUGCCCGUCUUCGCAUGGAGAAGCGUCAUAACUAUGUGAGGAAGACUGCAGAGCUUGCAACCCAGUUUUAUAUUAAUCCUACUACCAGCCAGCCCAAUGUUUCUGGACUAAUACUGGCUGGUUCAGCUGAUUUCAAAACUGAGCUUAGUCAGUCAGAUAUGUUUGAUCCACGACUUCAGGCAAAAAUACUUAAUGUUGUAGAUGUUUCCUAUGGAGGGGAGAAUGGGUUUAAUCAGGCUAUUGAACUAUCUGCUGAAAUUCUGUCCAAUGUGAAGUUUAUCCAGGAGAAGCGAUUGAUUGGAAAAUACUUUGAGGAAAUUAGCCAGGAUACUGGAAAGUAUGUUUUUGGGGUUGAUGAUACUCUAAAAGCUCUGGAAAUGGGAGCUGUUGAGAUACUUAUUGUUUGGGAAAAUCUGGAUAUGAAUAGGUAUGUCCUAAAAAAUAGUACUACUGGUGAGGUUAUCAUUAAGCACUUCAAUAAGGAACAGGACGCUGACCAGAACAAUUUUCGGGAUCCUGAGAGCUCUGCUGAUUAUGAGGUUCAGGAAAAGUUGUCUCUGCUAGAGUGGUUUGCAAAUGAAUACAAACGGUUUGGUUGCACUCUUCAGUUUGUCACCAAUAAAUCUCAAGAAGGUUCACAGUUUUGCAGAGGUUUUGGCGGGAUAGGUGGGAUCUUGCGUUACCAGCUUGAUAUGAGAUCGUUCGAUGAUUUGUCUGAUGAUGGAGGUGUAUAUGAUGAUUCUGAAUAGCAAUCAAUGAAAUACUUCCUACUGCUGGUGCAGGAAAUGGAGGUCAAAAUACCUGCACCAGUAUGUGGGGUGGUCGCAAGUGCUGCGACUCCUGCUCCUGCUCCUCCUCGGCUGUCUGUGAUGUUGGAUGGAAAAUUUGAUUGUGAAUCAAGAUGCUUAACCCCAAAAGUGCUUCUUUCUGAUAUGAGUUACUCUCCUACUUGUUCUCUCUGUCUGGAGCCACAAAUUUCAGCAACAACCUCACUGGCAUCAUCUG